AUUCAAGGGAGACAUUGAUGUGUGUUAAGUGUGAGCCCAGCAACCGUCCGGUUUCUGUGAAGAUUUCUGUUUUAGCCCUUUGUUGUGGCCAUGUUUCCAGUCUCCCUUGUUUGCCGCCAUGGCAGGCUUCUGGCUGAUAAAACAAUGAAGCUCAUGCAUUUCCAGCAGAAGCCUCCCCACUCCUGUCCAUUAUCCACUGUUAGCACUAAAAUGAACUGGGCAGCUGUUGAAAAAAGUAAGCGGUUCCCAAAUUGGGAAAACUUUGGAAUUUGGUUAGAUGACCCAGUUAUUUUACCACCUAGAAUAUCAGCUCUUCAAUAUAAAGAGAAGAUAGCCAAUGUUGGUUGUGUAUGCCAGAUUGGAAAGAGAAAGCAAAAUGAAGAUCGUUUCAGUAUAGCUCAACUUCAAAAUGGAUUAUCGUGUUUUGCUGUCUUUGAUGGGCAUGGAGGGGCUGAUGCUGCUGAAAUUUGUUCCCAAUACAUUGGACACUAUAUUCAACAAAAUCUAAAAAUAGAAGCAGAUUUGGAAAACGUCUUGCUACGUUCGUUUCUACAAAUUGAUAGUGACUUCAUACAAAACACUUACGGUUUGAAGGAAGGUGAGCUGCUAACGUCAGGGACAACUGCAACUGUAGCUUUGCUGAAUGAAACAAUGCUUGUAGUGGCCAGUGUUGGAGAUAGUCCAGCGAUUCUUUGUCGUGAAGGGAAAGCUAAGCAAUUAACAGAAGAUCACACCCCAAGAAGGAAAGAUGAAAAGAAAAGGAUUAAGGAGUGUGGCGGUUUCAUAGACUGGAAUAGUGUUGGAGAUCCUUAUGUAAAUGGUCGAUUAGCCAUGACCCGUAGCAUUGGGGACAUGGAUCUCAAACCUUUUGGGGUAACUGCUCAACCAGAAGUUAACACAGUCAAGUUGGAACAUGCAAAAGACUGUUUCCUGAUCCUGACCACUGAUGGAGUUAGUGGAAUUAUGGAGGCACAAGAGAUGUGUGACAUUGUGAAAAAAUACCAGGAUCCAUCAGAAGCUGCUGCAGUUGUAAAUGAGCAGGCUCUGCAGUAUGGAACACAAGAUAAUGUAACUACCAUGGUUGUGCCACUUGGUGCCUGGGGGAAAUACAGUACUUCACUUGGUCAAACAAGUUUUGGAAGGAUGAUGGUUGCAAGCUCCAGAUGGCACUGAGUGUUCACUGAUAUUGGAAACCACUACACUCUAAUCCAGAUUACCACCAUUUUUAUAAAAUGUUUGUAUUUGUGUUUUUUGGAUUUUUGUUACAUUCUAACAGAUGUAAAGUUGACGCUGUAAUCCACAUCAGUUAGCUUUCUUUGACCGUUAGAUCUGAAUACUGUUACCAUUCACUUAGCAAUAUCAACCUCUGACUAUCCAAUCUGAUUUUGCCAAAGUUGACUUGUAACUAAUAAUUCAGCAUCCAUGUAAGUAUAAUAACACCCCUAGUGUUCAUGUGCAAAUGAUACUACAGCCCUGGACAAGGGGCAGAUGUAAUUUUUGUGUUGUGUGCAGAGCUAAAAGGCUGGGUGGGGAGCAAGAAAGGAGUACCAGCACAGA